UUGGACAUAAAAUUUUAUUAAUUGAAUAUCGUAUUAGCAAUUAACCAUAACUUUAAAAAUAAACAAUGGCUGACCCGAACAAAGACGCCAAUGAUGAAUCUGAAGAAACAGAAGACCCAUAUGAUCCCACAGUCAGGUGGGCCAACCCCCACUGCUUGGAUCUAAUGACCUUUGUCGGUAGAGAUACCUUUGCAGUGGCUGAAGACAUCUACAUUAUAUUCUUCAACCUUAAAACCAACACUGAAAUUGUUUAUGUGGCCAACAAUUCUACGAUGGGUGACGGAGUCGAUGCUUUAGCAGGGCAUAGAUCUUCUUUGUUCGCUUUCUCCGAAAAGACGAAGAAUGGUAGAAUAUUCAUUGCAACUUAUCCAAAGUUUGUUAAAUUGGCGGAGCUCAAAGAUGUUACCGUGAACCGCUACAAGGCCUUGUGUAUGAUGGAGAGCGACCUGAUCGCCGGCUUCACUGGUUUCCCAAACUACUGUGUGAAUGUCUGGUGUUGGCGCACCAACCAGCGACUUAUCAGCAUUGAGACUAACAUCAAUAAACGCAAACAAAUUUACAUGGCAAGUCGAACGCAUAUGUUGUUAUGCGAGUGUUGGGGGACUGGCCUUAUAGUCUGGGAGGUAGCGCGCUGUUACAAGAAGUGCUUCCUGUUGCGGAGGGCAAAAGAGGAGGUGGUCCAAUGGGAGGUGACGGAACCCCCUCUAGUCGGUGUCUGCUGGAACUACGAAGGGCAGCUGUUCGCUAUCGAUCCUAAAGCUAACUUAUACAGUGUAACUUCGGACGGUAUCGCCAUGGUUACCCAAUUGGAAUGGUCAGAAAAUAAUAUAUCGGGAAACAAUUAUACCUACAUAUGUUCUUUUCUAACUGGUAUAUUAAUCUAUGGUCCCGAUGAGUACAUUAGAUUUUUGAAAAAAGACGAGAAAACUUGGACAGCUGUCUGGAGCUACGUUCCCCAUGACCCCGUGGUUCGUCUGAUCAGUAAUUCGUUCUGUGACGUUGCCACAAUGUGGACGAACCAUGGCUUUGUUUACAAGAUCACGGCUGAUGCGGAAGAGAAAAUUGAAGUUAAUCUCUUUACCUUCAAACAAAGGAAUGUAAAAAAGAUUCAACUGAUUGCUCCUGACUAUGAGUGUGUUGCGACGAUGAACGACACUGGAAUUUUAGCCAUUUACGAGGCAGCUACGGCAAAACUUGUCAUGGCGAAAUACGUAAAAGGCUUUGAAAUUUCGUUCCAAGCCAGUCCAGUCGAUCCCCUACUGGCGGUUUUCGGAGAAGAACGUGGAAAUUACGGCAUUGCUUUAAAGUCGUUCAAUUAUCAAGAAAAGAAAACCAAGAGUGAAGCCAGUAUGUGCCUGACACACCAGAUCGUGUCGUUGGUCGCUUUCUCACCGACUGGCAGGCACUUAGUUGCUGCAGCAAUGGCUGCUGGCCAUAUUUUUAUUUUUAAGAUCACCGAAGACUAUAAGCUAAACCUGAUGCGGUACACGGAGCUGGGACGAGGUCUCGCAGACUGUUUCCUCAUGAAGGCUGGCCAAGACAUGCGAUGCUUUAGUCUCGUCAUCUUCUCUGAGAAGUAUAGCAUAGGAGAGCGUAUAAUUUGUGUAAACGCCGACACAGGCAAGGACAACAAGUUCGCCGGCAAGAUGCAGGGACCAUACGCGAGACUACUGCCUCUCAGCACCAAAGAUACCAUGUUUGCCAUACCGCAUCUGAGCAGACAGUUCCAUAUCUUAAAGCUUUGUGGAGAUAAAGGUAUGACAGUAUCCGUGAAGAUGGGUCCCAUCAUAGAAUCAGGACACGAGAUAAAGCUAUUUGACGGGUUCAGAAAUAUGCAAGCCCUUCUUACAUUUGCGUUUGACGGCACUGUUAUACUGAGACCACCGGAUGCGCCUGAGGAAUACGAUUUAAAGCUGAUACUUACGCAUCGCUACGAAGAUGGUAUCAAGAGUGCAGUUAUUGAUGACAAAAAUAGGUAUAUUCUGGCACUUAGCGCAAGCGGUACGGUGUCAUGCACUUACUUGCGUAAAAACCUAAUGCAGGAACUGGUACAUGAGGCCCCAGAAAUGGAGAAGUACAGUGCAGACGAAGGCGCCCAAUUUAUCAUUAUACACGGAAGUGAGAAGAAUUACCUGGACGUACAAGAAGACAAGAAAGUUCGUGAAGAAUCAUUAGACUACAAACGUCAACGCGACGAAGUUGUCAAAACAUUUGAGUCAGUUCAGGCGAAGCUGGUAGAUUUGUUAGAGGAAAACUUAGCGGAGCGUCCGCUUCAUCAACUAUCGCUAUCCGAAUUUAAUUUGCAUCAUGAAGCCAAGAAGGAACGACUGAAAAUGGCAGAGAAAGAGCGCGAGGAAAUCCGCCUGCUGACAGAAGCUCGCAUCCGCGCCCAGGACAAGGUGACGGCGUGGAUCAAGCAGACGUGCUGGGACACUGUAGUAUCGCAGAGAGUCAAACUCUUCGCGAUACACAGCCACUAUCACGUAGAAAACUUUGCAAUUCUACCAUCACAACGUGAAAAAUGGCCAGAGCUUGAGCAGAUUGAAGCACUACGCACCAUUGAGAUGGAAAACAACGAUGAUCUGUUCCAACCUUGGGUAGAACCAGAACUCGAAUUGAAGGUCCACCCCUCCAAGGGGGGCGGGUCAGCGCAGUCAUGCCGCUCGCCGCGGCGCAGCGUGGACAGCGGCGCCGACGUGGCCGUGGACGUGGUGGUGGAGCCCUACGUCCUGUCUGGUACGAAUGCGCACAAGUAUGUGUCCAUCCCCCCCUUCAUGAUCCCGCAGAUGCUUGCCUUCAGUUUUCUGCAAAUGAACUGGCUUUAUCACCUCGUUCGGCUUAACACCCAAAAUAUACGAUUGUGGUUCAAUAAACAAUUUGAUGAGCUGGUUGUACUGAAGAAGAGAGAAGUGGGCCUUGUAGCCGAAAGAAACAGCAGACUGAGGUUCAUAAUUGAAGAGUUGAACAAAUUAUCUGAUUUACGAGGCAGUUUUCACCACCUUAAAAUAGUAAUCAAGGACCCGGAAUGGUUUCAGGAAGAACAACCUCAUAAACUAAUCAAAGUUGAACCGGAAGAGUGUUCGAUCGAGCCGUACAUCAGUCCGAGCCAGAUCGUGCUAGUGCCGCCGGACCCGGGCCCCAAGGAUGACUUCCGUGAGCGCGCGCUCAUGGAAAUGAUGGACGGCGUGCUGGAGAAGCUGUGGCACGAGGAGAUCAAGAAGCCCAUACCAAUGCCGCAGUGCAUGCUGGACAAAGACCCAGAGCACUUCAACGAAGAAGAUCUCCGGCAAGUGUUUGACUACGAGGCGAAGGUCGCCUUCCGCAACGAGGAGCGAGACAAGUACCGCAAGAUGCUGCACGUCGAGUAUGGCAAGCUGUCGCAAGUGCUUAAUGAGGGCAUCGUCAAGUUUAACCAGAAGGUUCGAGAAACCUGGUUACUAAAAAUAAGAAUGGACUCAAUUAUUGGACAAGAGCAUCUUAAUUUGAUGCGGCUUCGAAGAACAAACCUGGACCGAAUAGAAAUGGCCGAGAAACUGGAAAAGAUGAGGGACGAGAUUGCCCUUUACGAGAGAGAAGUGGAAGAGCUGACUGCCGAGUUGCAAGAGAUACAGGAGCAGAGCACCGAGUGCCAGGCCGCGUACGAAGCUCUGAUCGCCAAGGACAGGAGCAUGGACAGAACAUUCAAAAACCACUUCCUUGAUCUCUCUCCAAUUAUCGUCGAACAAGCCUAUAAAUUCUUCAAGAGGCGUCCGAAGUGGCACCAGAGAGCGACGUUCAUCCCUGUAGUGCUGUACGACCUGGCGCUCGCCGUCUCCACCGGCGUCCGACCACCACUCCUGCACUUUGAUUGUGUUGACUACUACAAGUACAUGGAUCAACUGGACCAGAUCAGUAAUAUGCCGACAGUAAUGGACGAAAAUAUGUGGACUACGAUGUGCAAGCUGAGGAGAGCCAAAACUGAGAAUGAGAUAAGAAUGAGAGCUCUAGUGCAAGAGUUGGCUUACGUCGACAACGCUUUGAACGUGUGGACCAAAGCUAUUCAAGCGCGGCGCACGCACCUGCAGGUCUGUCAAGCCAAGAUAGUGGAGCAUCGGGAGAUAGUGGAGCAAACUGCCCGGAACAAGACCAUACAGUUGGUGUUGCCUGCUGGCCAGGUGGAAAUUACAACUACUGGGCAUAUGUCUGACUUUGACGAUGCUGCGCUCAUCCCUCGAGAAGAUAUUGAAAAGAUUAAUAACCUCAUUCUGAAAGUGGGUGCUAUGAAACUACGCAUGAUGCGCAAACAGAUGGCUUUCCGAAAGGUCAUCCUGGCUAAAGAGUGGGAGCAUGCGCAGAUGAAGAUGAAACUCCGGCACAUGAAGCAAGAACUCUAUUCAUACCAGAGACUCAGGAUCCCGAAAGAGCUCCAGUUGUACUUGAAGAACAAGGAAUUAGGUUACACGGAUGAGCAGGACUACCUGCGAAUGGAAAAGGAAAUGGAAGCCUCUAAAGUGGCAGUCAAUAAGAUACUCACUGAACAGAUGCAUCGGUGCACGGAGCUUGAGUUGAAACUAGCAUCGAUAGAGGUGCAACAAAGCAAAAUAGAGAAGUUAAUUGUUAAGCUCAACGUGGAAGUGUCCGAAAAAAGGCUGAAUGAGGAUGCACUCGAACCGAUCAGGAUCCGGCGUAUCUUCAAGAAGAGGAUGGAGACACUAGUGAUGCGCAGCAGGUUGAUCCGCGACGUGCAGGCGAACCACUCCACCAUAGUGCUGCUGCAGACCGAGCUCGAGCUGCUGCGACUGAAGACCUACCCCACGCUCGCCAGCUUCCGCACUUAUUAACUGCACUAGUUUUUUUUUU